AUGGCUGGUGUUGGAGAAACUGCGGCGGAUUGUAAGGACGGUGUUCUUUAUGGUGGCGAUGGUGGCAUCGCUGAUGGCAUCGUCGUUGCCAGUUCUGGUGGCGGUGUAUAUUCGAUGUGUGAUGCCCCGGCUCUCUCACAUGGUCCUUACCUUGGAACUGUGACACUCUGCUCUUUUGUUUCAAUUCUUCUUCUCUCAGUGAAGGCAUGCCUUUUUACUGUUAAUUCUCAGCUUGAGGCUGAAGCUUCUUCAUCCCUUUCAAGGCAAAGACUGCAUCUGAAGAAGUCAUGGGGAAUGCCAGUCUUGUUUCUUUCGUCUGUAGUUUUUGCCCUUGGCCACACUGUCGUAGCAUAUAGAACAAGUUGCAGAGCACGAAGGAAACUCCUGUUUCACCGUGUUGAUCCAGAAGCAGUUCUUUCAUGCAAAAAUGUUUUCUCUGGCUUCCAGAAAGUUCCAAGAUCUCCCACUCCCUCUGCAGGGAAAACCCCAAAGAGUGAUAGUGAGAUGAGGCGAAAGCCAUUAGGAACAGCUCGUGAUGAGGGGGAACUUCCUGUCAGAUUACUUGCUGACAUUGACAGCUUAUUUCUUACAUGCCAAGGCCUUACUGUCCAUUACAAGCUCUGUUUGCCUGGUUCACCCCCUCGUUCUUUAUCGUCAGCCACCUUUCACGAACCCAAUUCAAGAUGA